CGGGUGCUUUACAGACUUCAGGCAGCGAUUUUGUAGGCCUCUAUCUGCACUGCUGAUUUACAAAAUGAACAGGAAGAAAAUGACAGAGAGGAUCCUGAAUCACGCACUGGAGAUAAUAUACCUGCUGACUGGGGAGGAAUACACCAUUGUAAAGAAGAAUUCUCCACACGUCAAUAUUCAUCAGCUGACCGGGGAGGUCCCUAUAAAGUGUGAUGAUAUCGCAAUGUAUUUCUCCAUGGAGGAGUGGGAUUAUAUAGAGGGACACAAGGAGCUUUACAAGGACGUCAUGAUAGAGAUGCAACAGACGCUCACUAUAAAUCAGGCCUCAGAAAUAAUCUCCGUUGGUGAUGGAGAGAAUGGGAGAGAGGAAACGGAUUUUCAGCAGAAGGACGACGUCUGUUCAGAUCCUGAAGCAGAACCAAACUAUGAAAAUCUGGAGACUGUAUCAAGUGUGGUGGACGGAGAUGACAAGAACAAGAUUGGUGAAAAAGCUAUUUCACGUGUGGCGAUCAAAUCAGAGCCGCGUGUUGAUCUAUUUGAUGGAAAUCCAGAAAAUGUAUCGGUAAGUGAGGAUGGCCCUUAUGAGAGAGGUGAAAUGAAAAAGCUUGAUGUCAAACCAGGACCCCAUACUGGUGAGGGUAGUAUAGUUGACCACGGAGAAGACGGGAAUCAAGGAUACUAUGAACUUGGUAUUCCUCCUGAGGGUCCAAACCCACCCCGUCAGGCUGCAGAAUGGGAGUAG